UCCCCAUUGCCAGUUGAACCAAAACCUGCAAGAAAAAUAGUCAGGAACCAAAACCAAGGCAAUGGCUUCUGUUGCAACCUUAGCUGCUGUUCAACCCACGACCAUCAAGGGCCUUGGUGGAAGCUCCCUCAGUGGAACCAAGCUCUUUGUCAAGCCAAGUCGCCAGAGUUUCAAACCCAAAAACUACAGGGCUGGUGCUGUGGUAGCAAAGUAUGGUGAUAAGAGCGUGUACUUUGAUUUGGAGGAUUUGGGCAACACAACAGGGCAAUGGGACUUGUAUGGAUCUGAUGCCCCUUCACCAUACAACUCUCUCCAGAGCAAGUUCUUUGAGACAUUUGCAGCUCCAUUCACCAAGAGAGGAUUGUUGCUCAAGUUCCUGAUCUUGGGAGGUGCUUCCCUCCUUCUGUUUGUCAGUGCCACUGCUCCUGAUGACCUUCUACCAAUCAAGAAGGGCCCACAACUUCCACCAAAGCCUGGGCCACGUGGCAAGAUCUAAUUUAGUAUAACUCUUAUAAGCUUCUCAUUGUAUGUAUCUUCUUUUAGUUUUGAGAAAUGUAAUGCUACAAAGCACCUUUGUUAACUUUCAAUCCAGUGACAUUUGUUUCAUGUGCUUAA